UGCAGAUUCAGAAACUGCAAUUCGGUUUGAGCAUUUUGGUUCGGUUCACAAGCGAUAGAAUUGGUUUAAUAUCCAAAGGGGGAAGGGAGACACAGACAUGGUUUGACUCUUUCUCUCUCUCGUGUCAUCAGAAAGAGAGAGAAGCUAAAGAAUGGCGCACGCGACUCUCUCUCACUCCCUCAUCCUCUCUUCCUCCAGGUUCUCUCGUCUCGGCUACAGCACCAGAUUUCUCAGACACCCAAACCCUCUUUCUCUCCCCCUAACCAGACAAAGAUUCCGAUGUUAUUGCUCCGACCAGACUUCUCCUUCUGUAAGUUUUAGCAGGAAACGUGUGGUCUCUGGAGUCCAGCCUACAGGCUCAAUUCACCUGGGAAACUAUCUAGGCGCUAUCAAGAACUGGGUCGCCCUUCAGGAUACAUAUGAAACACUCUUUUUCAUUGUAGACCUUCAUGCGAUAACACUACCAUAUGACCCGCAAGAACUAAGAAAGGCAACUAGGGAUACCGCAGCGCUCUAUCUAGCAUGUGGUGUAGACAUUUCUAAGGCUUCGGUGUUUGUGCAAUCUCACGUCCGCGCUCAUGUGGACUUAAUGUGGCUUCUGAGUUCAUCCACACCUAUUGGUUGGCUACAGAAAAUGACUCAGUUCAAAGAGAAAUCUCGCAAGGAGGGGGGUGAGAAUGCUUCUGUGUCUUUGUUAACAUAUCCAGUUCUGAUGGCUGCUGAUAUCCUCUUGUAUAAGUCGGAUUUUGUCCCUGUGGGUGAGGACCAGAAGCAGCACCUAGAGCUUGCCCGCGACCUGGCACAGCGUGUGAAUAAUCUAUAUGGUGGAAGGAAGUGGAAGAAGCUUGGAGGCCGUGGUGGUUCGAUAUUUAAGAUACCAGAACCACUCAUACCACAAGUUGGAGCCCGAGUUAUGUCUCUUACAGAUGGUCGUUCCAAGAUGUCCAAGUCUGCACCUUCUGAUCAGUCCCGGAUCAAUCUCCUCGACUCAAAAGAUUUGAUUGCGGAUAAGAUAAAACGGUGCAAGACAGAUUCAUUUGUAGGCCUUGAAUAUGACAAUGCCGAGAGACCAGAGUGCAACAAUCUCCUCUCUGUAUAUCAGAUUGUCUCUGGCAAGACAAAAGAUGAAGUGAUGGAGGAAUGCAAAGAUAUGAGCUGGGGCACAUUUAAGCCUCUCCUUACGGAUGCUGUGGUCGAGCAUCUUAGUCCAAUCCAGGUCCGUUAUCAAGAGAUAACAGCAGAGUCAGCGUAUUUGGAUAAAGUAUUGACAGAAGGUGCGGACAAAGCCACGGAGAUAGCAGAAGUCACAAUUCGCAAUUUAAAACAAGCGAUGGGGUUCUAUAUAUGAGGAAUAGUGCCAAUGGUUGGUUUCUAAGUUCCAAGUUUUCUAAAAAGAGAGUACAGAUUUUGUUUUUGGUGGAAGAAAAAGAGUUAAGGUAGCCAAACGAUUCUUGAUUCUUAAUUCUUGAAUUCUUGAAUUAGUUCGGCCAAAUACUGCUCAUUUUCAUUAUAAGCAUUGUUCUUGAAAUAGAAGCAUAUUAUUGCAAAAACGUUUUUGAUCUGAAUAAUAUUUCUACGAUUCAAAAUA